AUGUCGGCGGCAAACAACAACAAUAACCUUUCGAGCACUCACCCUGCGUCUCCGGUCACCACAACCGCCAAUAUGGCAGCCCAAUCCCGUCGAGACUCGUCCACCUCCAAUGCUCCCUCUGUAGCCACAUCCCGCGCCGGUAGAGAUAAAGACCAGCUUGCUCAAACCCUCGAUAUGAUACAUACCUCGGCCAGUCGUUCUGAUGCCCUAACUACUUUCAACGACUUCACGGCUCCUCCCCGUCGACCGACCCCUGUAACCGAGAGCAAGGGAUUAGCAGGUGACAUCGUCCAACAAGGGCUAAGCGGGUUGUACACGCGAUUAAAGGAGGCUGUCGGGGGAGGUGGCGCAUCCAAACCCAGCCAAGAUACCGAAGAUGCUAUUCUCCGGGAGCCCACCUCCGGACACAGCUCUUCCAAGCCGAGCGUGGACUUGAGGGUAUCGGUACCGUCUCCCUCCCGGCUUGGACCUGGUCCCCCGCCAUCAGUCCUUGCCGCUGAGUUAUCGCCGACUACUGCAUCUGCGAGUCAAGCUCAUUUCGAUCCGUCCGCUUCAACCCCUUCCGGACGUGCAAGCAUCUCAGGCGCAGCUUAUGCUCUGGCGAAUAUGGGCAUGGAUACUACCAGCGCAACCCCGGUAACCGUUCAGGAGAUCUCCCGGAGUGCCGUUCCUAGCGAUGACGGUCUAAGUCGCCUAUCUGGUAGCCGAAAGAGCUUAUCCAAGACCGAACUGACAGCCGCCGGGACGCCGACGGGAUCAGAGAUGCCUAUUUCUUUCGAUAGAGCGGACGUCACAAGUGUGCGGAGUGAUCGAGCCAACAGCUCCGCCCGUACUCCACGGGAGGAAGGCCCCAUUGCAGAUUAUAAUGGAGAGCUGCUACCUCUUAGUCCUGUCAAGUCCGCCACAGCAUCCUCGGUGAAAUCUCACGAUUUUCGCCCACCAUCCACAACACCGGCCCCGUUAUCCAGGACGCCAGUAGUUAUCGAACGUAUCACGCGGCCACGGUCUCCAACACAUGCGGGAUCCCACACAUCGUCCGUUGCCCCAAGUAUAUCCGAUAACGGCCCCAACCAUGCGUCUACCCGUGCCUCUCACUAUCGCGAUUCGAAGCCCGCCGACGCAAGGUCGCAAGCUACGCGCACGCCUGAUCUUCGAGUACCUGGAGCGCAAGGGAAUAGCGAGCAAGUGAACAUGAGGCUUGAGAAGAUGAAGAAGCAAGUUCUAAGCAAAGAAUUCUGGAUGGCAGAUGAAACUUGCAAAGAGUGUUUUCUUUGUGGCAGUGUGUUUAAUGUUGUACGGCGGAAACACCACUGCCGGACAUGCGGGUGCAUCUUCGACUCCAAGUGCACAUCCAUCAUCUCGGGCCAGAAGUUUGGCGUAUCUGGGAACAUUCGUGUAUGCAAAACUUGCCUCGCUAUCAUCAACAGGCGCUAUGACACCAGCGGCUCGGACGAUUCGGCAGACGAUUCAUAUCUGCCAGCCAUCUUCCGAUCUACCACCGAGCAGUCUCAGAACAGCCAGAAGUCUACUCGUUUUGUUGAACCAAAGCCUUCUGGGGCUGAGGACCGGGUUUCUUCACAUAGUUCGGAAAGAGGCGAAAGGCACUAUGAUGUCCGCUCGGGGACGACGCCGAUGAUGGCCAUUCCAGCGACGCGAAGGAUUGGGGAAUCGAAUAGGCAUUCCGCGGUUCUUGAAAUCGACGCACCACAACUAAGCCGUCCGGCAUCUUCCCGAUCUCUGAGAUCGUUGGCAUCAUCUCGCCCACAGUCCUCUGGCCAUAAGCGCCACCACUCCAAGCAUAACGCCCUGGGCAGGUUCAAGUCCGUAAACCCGGACGAUCGCGCCCCCUUUCGGAAGGGGCUGCGCGACGAAUUAAAUCGGAAGAGUCCUUUCCCCGCCUUCCACGAAGACAACAUCAUCGAUCCGGAGCUCGCGGCUUACAUGUCAGACGAGUCAAGCGCCGACGAGCAAAUGGGUAUUUUUGCAACAAUGUCGAACGCCGACCUUCAAUCCACAAGUUUUGACGACAAAUCAAACUUUGGCCCACUUCUAGCAGCGGGGAGGAAACACCGUGGGCGAGACAAGAGCAUCAGUGGCAUGAGCUUUACGAGUCGGGGUCUUGACGAUACUGUAGGUGUUGGUGGUCAUUUUGGACAUCGCGCUCCUCGAAGAAGGAAUUUGAGCAACGUCAGCACAAGCGUCCAUCAUCUACGCUCACCACGACCCAAGUCUGGUGUCUUCAAAGGCCCUUCAACUUCAAAUGAGAUGCUUUUCUCCCUGGACACCCCGGUGACAGAGACUACCAAACUUACAAGAAGUGAAUCUCUUCGAGGGGAAAAGGCGCCCCAGGUGGAACUUAACCCAUCCAGCAAGCGACACGUUCGAAAGCUUCUCCACCAACUUCUAGAAGAUGCUGAAGUCCCGAACCCUCCCGCCUGGGAGAAAGCUCUCAUACCGAUUCUGAUACAAUGUACCGAUGAUGUUACACCAGACGUUCGCCACGGGGAUUACAUGGACAUUCGACACUACGUAAAGUUCAAAAAGAUUCCUGGUGGGAGGCCCGGAGAUACCAGUUACGUGUCUGGCGUUAUUUUUACGAAGAAUCUUGCUCUCAAAAGCAUGCCUCGCCGGAUUAUCCGGCCUCGGAUUCUCAUUGUCACCUUUCCUAUCGAGUACCAGAGACAUCAGCAACAGUUUAUGAGUCUUGGGCCGGUCAUCGAGCAAGAAAAGGAAUUCCUUCGAAUAGUGGUCAAUCGGAUUGUUAAACUCAACCCUCAAGUCCUCUUGUCGGAGAAGGGUGUCUCAGGAAUGGCGCUCGAGAUGUUGUCGGGGGCGAAUAUCGCGGUGGCUUACAACGUUAAGCCAUCUGUUAUCGAAGCAGUGGCGAGAUGUGCCGAAACAGACAUCAUCUCAUCUAUUGACAUGCUCGCCUUGCCUGUUCGCGUCGGCCAUUGCGACGGUUUCGAGGUAAAGACAUUUGUGAAUAACAACUAUCCCAACAGGAAGAAGUCGUAUAUCUUCCUCUCUGGCUGCAACCCAGCCCUCGGAUGCACGAUUGCUCUGCGUGGCGCCCCUACGCAAACUCUCUCUAGUGUUAAGCAUAUCACGGAGUUCAUGGUCUACGUUGUUUACAAUCUCAAACUCGAAACUUGCCUAAUGAGGGACGAAUUUAUUCGCUUGCCCACAGGAGAAACUGACGUUUCUGUGCCAUCUACUACCCGGCAGACCACAGAGGGAAGUCUCAACAACUCGACUCACACUAAGCAGUCCGACCAUACUGGGCCUGGUCCUACCGUGGUCAUCAAUGCGCCCGAGAGCGAGCCGCCAUCCCAGACGAGCAUCGAUACUGGCGACUAUAGCGAAACAACAAAUGCCUCCGGUGAUACGGCCGGUGCUCAAGACAACCACACAGAAAGCCGCCCGUCACAACCCUCCGAUACUUCACACGCGGCGCACGACGUCACAGUACCUGAGGAUGUACCAAUGCCAACCUACUACAGCGACAUGGUCGCUAGGUACGAAGCGAAGAUCCUCUCAGCCUCUCCAUUUGUCAGGUUUACGCAACCUUACCUCCUGAUGAGGGCCCGAGAGCAAGAGCGACGUUUGGUGUACCUGAAGCGGUUGCGAGACCAGGACUCGGAGGCAGAGCCUGACCCAGAGAAAUCCAAAUCGCAACCCUUCCAGUUAAUAACUCCAGAAACGGUGCACUCUAUCGGGCAGAAGGCCCCAAGCCAACUAAAGGAAAUCAUCCGCGCAGUUCACGACGCCGAGUAUGACAAAGCGCUCUAUAACUACCAGACCCAUAAGCGACAGUGGGAAAAUUAUAUCCAGGGAAACAUCAACCUCUUCGAUCCUUACUCCCAUCAAAACAUUGUCGUACUUUACUCGGUUAUUUGCACGGAGACCAAGAUACCUUGCGUCGAACCCGGGCUGAUCACGAUUGGCUUCUAUGAUGAGCAACACAUGGAUACUGGGAUGGACCCGGAUUGCACAUUGGGCCAGUACAUCGAGGACUUGUGUUUUUCCAAAGACUCUGUCUGCGCGUCCAAUGGCUGUGACCGGACUCUCCUGGAACAUCAUCGUACCUACGUGCAUGAUGCGUCCAUGAUUACCAUUUUCCUGGAGAAUGCACCUGAAGAAUCGCCAACACUUUUCUCUGACGACAUCACAAUGUGGAGCUACUGCAAGGUUUGCCAAAAGGACUCGCCAGCGAUGCCGAUGUGUGAAAGCACGUGGAAGUACUCUUUCGGGAAGUACCUCGAGCUCCUCUUCUGGAGCAGGGGUUUGCGAUUGAACGACAAGGCCGACUGCCCUCACGACCAUCAUACGGAUCAUAUUCGAUAUUUUGCGCUCCGUGAUACUCGUGUUCGGAUCCACUACGACCCGAUUGACCUGCUGGAAAUCGUAGUCCCGAGGUCCCGCAUCACCUGGAAGGUUGAACGUGACCUGAACCUGAAGAACGACAUUUACACGAAGACGGAAGAGAGGUGGAACCGAUUCAUGAUUUCCGUGACGGCGCGUCUCAAGAAUAUCCGCAUUGACGUUGUGCUUCCAGAGAAGGCUGAUGCCUGCAAGGCCGAGGUUGAUAAGUUGAUGAAGAAGGCCACGGACGAUCACGUGAGGCUCAUCCGCAAGAUGCAGCAGAUUUAUAUAAACUCGAAGUAUUACGAAGUCAUACCCUUCAAUGUGGUUAUUCGAGAAAUGCUUGAGGUAGCUGGAGAGUGGGAUACUGCUUUCGCGCAAUUCGAGGCCGAUUUCCUUCCGGAUAAGGAUGUGCGCCAGCUGACGGUAUUACAGCUGAAGAAGAUGUUUACGGAUAAUGAGUCCAGAGAAUCGCUUCCUGCUCCGGAGAGCCUUACUUCCUCUACUGCAGAAACUCUCGAGACCACCCCGACGGUCGAGAGUGACGAGCCGCAGUCCCAAACCUUCACUGACUCGGAGGCCAAGUCCUCGCAACCGACGGACUACACAGAUUCGAGUCUCGACAAUAGCGGUGCGUUGGAGAAGGCAGAAGAGCCAAUACCACUCGCGGAGGUCACCCUCCCGACGGACGAGGCUAUGGAUCGCGUGGAGCCUCUUGAUCUGGCGACAUCUGUCCAAGUUACACCUCACCAGGGCGCGAAUGCUCAGGCACCACUAGCAACACCACCGAUAACAACCGCUCCGGAGCCUGCGUCCGCCUUAGCGGCUGAGAAAGACGUACAAGACGAGGGUGCGGACGCGCAAGCUGGCCCCAAGGCCAGUGAUGUGCCUCUCGCCAAGACGACGCCAGCAUCCCCCAGCGUCCCCACGCCUCCACUCAGUAACUCGUCUUCAGAUAAGUCGCUCAAGGAGAAGGUGGAACAGUUGAAAAGGAGAAAUCAAAUGCUGCAGGGAGAGUCCGGGCUUCCCCGGCACAUCACGGCAGAGGCCGUCAAAUCGAUGAUACCCGAAAGGAGCUCUUCGCGCAAGGUUGGCUCGAGCAUUUCGCCGCCGAUGAUUAGGUCCAUAACGCAGCCCACUGUUCGACAACUAUCCAAGCCCCAGCAGCUGCGUCUGCUUGAUGCGCCGGCUGCUGAAGAAGGUCCCCUAAAGACGGAGAAGAGGCUUUCGGACAGGCUUGCGGGCGCCCUGAAGCCGCGGAAACCGGGGCCGCCUUCAUCGAUACCAAGAUUGGUGCAUAAGAAGGAGUCGAAAGUCAGCACACUCGCCAAACAUUUUGAGCAGCUCAGCCGUGAGUUUGAGAAUCAGCGUAUCCGUGACCGUAAGAAGCGAGCGGAGAAGAUGAAACAGCGUCAGCCUCGCACCAAUUUGCCUCGGACAUCAACUGCCGCCAUCGUGGAGGUAUACGAAGAUGUAGACGAGGCGGUACAAGAACCUAGCCCGUCGGAGCUCGAGCAACAGCCAAGCAAAUGUGUUCAGUCACCCCCUCAGACGCCGUGCAAGCCUCCUUCUCACUCUCAGAAAGGUGAAGCCACACGCCCGGAAACGUUACCGCAGAAUGGCAAGACACCUGCAACGCCAGUAGCAGAAUCAACUGGCUGCUCAGAGAAAGCAGCUGAAACCGGAGUAGAGCCCAAGGCAGAUGCUGAAGCGGAGACAGACGCUGUCCAGGCAAGCCGAAACGAGUCGGAUUAUGAAUUCGUUAGUGACGCCGAGCGAUCCCAGGACGACGAUAUUCUACAAAACGUUAAGGAGAUCGCGGACUCUCUUGAGCCUACGACAGAGGAACUGCCGAAGCACCAAAAGACGAGCUUGCUCAAAAUGCUGACCAACUUCUGGGCUGAGCGGUCAUCAAGCGGAUGGCAGCCCCUGGAUUAUCCGGUGAGCAUGGGCGAUCACAUUUUCAUCGACUCGGACAUUAUCGUGCGAGAGGAUGAACCAAGCUCCCUCAUCGCCUUCGCCCUCGGCUCGGAAGACUAUCAGGCGAAGCUCGCAGAUAUCCACCACCAGUGGCAUCUACAAGUUCAACGCAGCAGCGACGAAGAAAACGUAGAGCCGAAAUCGAUCCCGACUUCGACGAGCGGCAUGUUCUCGCACGACUCGCACGAUGAGGAUCUCGAGAAGGGUCUUUUGCGGCUCACCGGAACGCACCUCAAGUAUCAGUUCACUGAAGGCUCGGCAAAAAUGACGUGCAAGAUAUUCUAUGCCGAGAAGUUCGACGCCCUGCGGCGCAAGUGUGGUGUCGCCGAUCGGUUUGUCGAAUCUCUGUCAAGGUGCCUGAAAUGGGAUUCACGUGGAGGCAAAACUAGAGCGGUCUUCCUCAAAACGUUGGAUGACCGGUUCGUGCUGAAGUCUCUCUCGUCGGUUGAGACGGCGGCCUUCCUUAGCUUUGCCCCGUCGUACUUUGGCAUCAUGGCCGAGGCUCUUUUCCAUGAGUUGCCGUCAGUCAUUGCAAAGAUGGUUGGGUUUUUCCAGGUCUUCAUCAAGAACCCGGUGACCAACACGGACAUCAAGUUGGACCUGCUCGUCAUGGAGAACCUCUUUUACGAUAGGUCGCCCGGCAAGAUCUUUGAUCUUAAAGGAUCGAUGAGAAACCGAAAGAUACAGUCGACAGGAGAGCAGAAUGAGGUGCUUCUCGACGAAAACAUGGUGGAGUAUAUCUACGAGUCACCGCUCUUCGCCCGCGAGCACUCGAAGAAGCUUCUCAGAGCAUCAGUCUGGAACGACACUCUUUUCUUGGCAAGGCAGAAUGUCAUGGAUUACUCUCUCAUGAUUGCGAUCGAGGACGAAAGGAAGGAACUAGUGGUUGGCAUUGUCGACUGCAUCCGAACGUAUACGCUUGACAAGAAGCUGGAGAGCUGGAUCAAAGACCGGGGCUUCGCGGGCGGCGGUCGUAAUCGUCCGACCAUUACUAGCCCGAAGGAAUACAAGUCUCGUUUCCGGGAGGCAAUGGCAAGAUAUAUUCUCCAAGCACCCAACUGUUGGCAUCAGUUCGGCGGUGUUUCCACUGGACUACGGCCUCGAUUCGAGUCGGAUCUCCAACAGGAGUAG